AUGGCCCUGGGGAAAGGAGGCCCAGCCCUGCUGCUGCUGCUGCUGCUUGGGGCUGCGUGCAGCCUGCAGGACGCGGAGCCCAGGGACCCCGAGGCCCCGCUGUGCCCUGCCGUCUGCAGCUGCGGCGUCGAUGACGGCAUGGACGGGCUCAGCGUCUUCUGCAACUCCCGCAACCUCACGCGGCCGCCUGUCGGCAUCCCAGCCGCCGCCAGGGCCCUGUGGCUGGACGGCAACAACCUGUCGUCCCUGCCAGCCGCAGCCCUGGGGAACCUGUCGGGCCUCGGCUUCCUGGGCCUGCAGGACUGCGGCCUGCGCAGCCUGGAGCCGCGGGCUCUGUGGGGCCUGCGUGGCCUGCGGCACCUGCACCUGGAGCGGAACCGGCUGCGCGGCCUGGGGGCCCGCACCUUCCAGCACACGCCGGGCCUGGCCUCGCUCAGCCUGGCCCACAACCUGCUGUCCCGGCUGGACCCCGCCGCCCUCCAGGGCCUGCCUGAUCUCUGGGACCUCAACCUGGGCUGGAACCGCCUGGCGGCGCUGCCCGACGCGGCCUUCCGGGGCCUGGGCGGCCUGCGGGAGCUGGUGCUGGCCCACAACCAGCUGCCCUACGUGCAGCCCGCGCUGCUCGCGGACCUGGGCGCCCUGCGACAGCUGCACCUGGGCGCCAACGCGCUGCGCAGCGUCAGGGCCGACGUCUUCACGCAGCUGCCGCGGCUGCACAAGCUGCUCCUGGACCACAACCAGAUCUCGGCCGUGGCCCCGGGUGCCUUCCUGGGCAUGAAGGCGCUGCGCUGGCUGGACCUGUCCCACAAUCGCCUCUCUGGCCUCCCGGACGAGCCCUUCGCGGGCCUGCUGGGCCUGCGUGUGCUGCGCCUGACCCACAACGGCCUGGGCGGCCUGCGGCCCCUCACCUUCAAGGACCUGCAUCUCCUGGAGGAGCUGCAGCUCAGCCACAACCGCCUCCGGCAGCUGCCUGAACGCGCCUUCGAGGGCCUGGGCCAGCUGGAGGUGCUGGCGCUGGACAGCAACCAGCUGCAGGAGCUCAAGGCAGGCGCCUUCGUGGGCCUCCACAACCUGGCCGUCCUGAACCUGUCCGGGAACUGCCUGCAGCAGGUGGCCGAGCGCGCCUUCCGGGGCCUGGGCGGGCUGCACAGCCUGCACCUGGAGGCCAGCUGCCUGGGCCGCGUGCGCAGACACACCUUCACCGGCCUCUCGGGGCUGCGCCGUUUGUCCCUCCGCGCCAGCGGCAUCGCGGCGCUGGACGCGCAGAGCCUGGCGGAGCUCCACGCGCUGCAGGAGCUGGACCUCUCGGCCAACCGGCUGGCGCAGCUGCCGGCGCGCCUCUUCCAGGGCCUGGGGCAGCUGCAGUACCUGCUCCUGGCCGGCAACCGGCUGGGGGCGCUGCCGCCCGACGCGCUGCGGCCCCUGCCACUCCUCUUCUGGCUGGACCUGGCUGACAACCAGCUGCAGGCGCUGCCCGAGGCGCUGCUGGCGCCGCUCGGGGCGCUGCGUGUCCUGAGCGUCCGCAACAACUCGCUGGGCACUCUGGUGCCGCCCACGGGUCUGGAGCACCUCUGGCUGCAGGGCAACCCCUGGGUGUGCGGCUGCCGCCUCCAGCCCCUGCGCCGCUUGGCGCUGCAGCGGCCUCGCGUGGUGCCGCGCUCUGUGCGCACCACAGGCGACGGGGACGAGGGUCCGGCCCCAGCCCACACCUACAACAACAUCACCUGUGCCAGCCCCCCCGCCGUCGCCGGCCUGGACCUGCGCGACCUUCCAGAAGACCAUUUUGCUUCCUGCUGA